UCUGCUUCUCUCCUGGGUCUGUCGUGCCUCUGUUUGUGUUACUACUAAAAAUAAAACACAGAAAUGCAGCAUGAGCCCUGAGAAUCAGACUUCCAGCAGGGAUUUCAUCCUUCUGGGACUGUUCUCUUCCUCCCGCACCAGCCUGGUCUUCUUCUCCUCUCUGUGCAUCCUUUUCAUCCUGACUGUCACAGAAAACGCCCUCCUGAUCCUCCUCAUCCACGGGGACUCCCGCCUCCACUCCCCAAUGUACUUCCUGCUCAGCCACCUCUCCUUCAUGGACAUCUUGCACAUUUCCAACAUCGUCCCCAAAAUGAUCGCCAACUUCCUGUCUGGCAGCAGAACCAUCUCCUUCACAGGCUGUGGAUUCCAGAUCUUCAUAUCCAUCGUCCUGCUGGGUGGCGAGUGCCUUCUGCUGGCUGCCAUGUCCUAUGAUCGCUAUGUGGCCAUCUGCUACCCCCUGCGCUAUGCCGCUCUGAUGAGUGACAGACUCUGUGUGCUCAUGGCAGCCGGGGCCUGGCUGGUGGGGACCCUCAACUCCGUAAUCCACACAGCCUAUGUGCUCCACUUUCCCUUCUGUCACUCAAGGGCUAUUGUUCAUUUCUUCUGUGAAGUUCCCGCCAUGCUGAAGUUGUCCUGUGUGGACAUUUCACACUAUGAGCAAGGAGUUGAUGUAAGUGCUGUUAUUUUCUUGUUGAUCCCUUUCUCCCUGAUCUCUGUAUCUUAUGUCAGAAUUUUGCACACUGUCUUACAAAUCAAAUCCUCAGAGGCCCAGAAAAAAUCAUUUUCCACCUGUUCCUUCCACAUGGCUGUGGUUGUCAUGUUCUAUGGGCCAUCUAUUUUCACAUACAUGAGACCCAAGUCCUACCGCACUCCAGGCCAGGAUAAGUUCUUGGCCACAUUCUACACCAUUCUCACACCCACCCUCAACCCUGUCAUCUACAGCUUCAGGAAUAAAGAUGUUCUUCAGGCUGUCAGUAACAUCAUCAAACAUAUUCCCAUGGCUAACAAAUGA